AUGGACCACCGACCAUCCCAAUACCUCAAACCCCCCUCCACCCAUCCCCACGCCCACUCCCAACACCGCACUCCCACAACCUCAUCCUCACCGCGAGCCCCAGUAACCGCCCACCCAACCGCCAUAAUCGCAGACACAGUCGUCUUCCAAGGAACUCACCCGAUAGCCAUCGGCGCAGAAACAGUCAUACAUCCACGCACCCGUGUAUACUCUUUCGACGGCCCCGUGAUCAUCGGCGAGGGAUGCAUAAUCAGUGAGAAGAGCACGAUUGGUGCCGCGCCGCUGUCUUCACCGGUAUCUUCGCCUACGAUUGGGGGACCAAGUCCAGCAGGAGGGAGGGAUGGGGUACCUACGCGUAUCUCGCAUAGCGUAACUAUCGCCCCGCUCGCGACAGUUCUCCCAGGCGCACAUAUCCACUCUUCCGUUACAAUCGAUAGUCUGGCAACCAUCGACCGCCGCGCGAAUAUCGGUGCGCACUCGAAAGUCUGUGCUACAUGCCAUGUUCCCGCCAAGGCUUCGAUUAGGGAUUGGACGGUUGUUUGGGGGUCUGGAGCUGGGUUUGGGCAGAGGAGGAAGAGGGCUACGAAGGCUGCUAGAAAUGCGGGGUCGGUGCAGGGGCAGGGGCAAGGGCAGGUGCUGGAGGGAAAGGUGAUUGAGGAUGCGAGGUUGGUGGUUCUGAAGAAGGAGAGGGAGGCGUUGGUUAAGCUGAUUGGGGCUUCGGCGGCUGGAUCGGGGAGGAGGAGGUGA